AUGGGUUUUGGGAACGGCAGUAUGAUGAAUAUCCCUAGGUCGAAUUCUACUUCCGAUUUAUUCGAUUUAUCAGCAAGUUUUUCACCACACUUUGGUCAUGCAUCUUGUAGUUAUACUAGGUUCGAAAAGCCAACUUACGAUGUAUACACAGGCGGCAGAUCCAUGUCGUUGAAUAACGGUAUAUAUAAAUCGAGUUCAUAUUCAAAUGAUUCUUUCAGAGAGAGGAGAUUGAAAAAUCAUAACGCUAAUGCUUAUUUGCUGAGGCGACAGCAAAUGCAAAGGGAGUUUAAUUUCCCGAAUGGGGAGCAUUUCACUCCAAGGUAUAUAAUACACAAUCAAAAUAGAAGGAAUAGAAAUAUGCCAAGAAGUAAUAGUUUGCAAAAUAUUGAAUCUCCAAAGAAUUUUUUUAAUCAAUCUAACAAUAAUAAUAAUAUGCGACGUAUGUAUACGUCGAGUCCCUUGAAACAUUCAGUCUCAUCAUCAAAAUUGAAUCUUCCAGCGCAUAGUAGGAAUGCCAAUGAGAAAAAUGGGCAUAGACCGCUUAAAGGAUCAGCAAGUACAUCAAAUUUAGGACUCGACAAUAUAAAUUUUGACAUCGAUUUGAAUGGUUCAUCAAUGACUAAAUUGGAUAGCGGUUCAAAGAAUAAAAAUGAUUCAAAGAAUAAAAUAGAUAAGGGUAUUUCCAAUUGGAAGUCCGAUGAUAAAUUAAAACAAUUUAAUAAUGACAAAAUAAACAUUAAAAACAAGAAAAAAACAAAAAUCUUUAGCAUAUUCAAGAAACUAUUUGGUGACUCUAAGAAGAAAACACUGUCUAAAAAGGCUGAGUUUGUAGAUGAAAAGAAAAUAGAUGAUAUACUUGACCAAAAUAUAAACGACAAUUCAAUCGAUAGUGACUUAUUGCAUGAUGUCACGUUUGACCAUGAAAAGGAUCAAGAGCAAAUAUUGCUAGACAUUGAUUUAGUGUUUGAUAACCUCAUCUUACAAUCAGAUAAUGGCAUGCUAACUAGUGGGGAACACUAUGAUAUAAUAUCAAAUGAAAACACAAACUUAUCAUCGGUUACGGACAUCUUACCACCUAGAUCUGUUAAGAGACCAUAUAUUCAUAAUAAAAAAUCAUUGAAGCAAUUUUACGACAGAGCGCCAGGUAGCGAAGACGGUACGGAACGUAUUUUAAACAGAUUAACCCAAGAAUGGCAUAGUAUUCAUUUUGACGACUUGGACACUACCUUGUUAAAUUCAACAUCUGUCUCGACUAUCGAUUCAGUAGCAUCCUCGACCACAACGGUGGAGACAGAUGACUCAAAAAUAAAUAGUAGCAUGAAAAAAGCGUUCAGGUUUGCUGACUACGUCCACGUUUCUGACACAUGGUCUGCCAUGGAAUACAAUAGAUCUGAUUUAUCGUUCCGUAAUAACCAAAGAUUGUUUCUCAAUCAAAACAGAAAUAAUUUGCUGGAUAAUAUUAAAAAUGAACUGAAUUCAUUUAAAAGUAUAGAAAUGGAGGUCCAUGAGCAAAGUAGACAAAACACCCAAUACUUCAUAUAA